AUGCAGGGUCUUGCGGAUGGUCCCGUCAAGACUCACCUGUUCCGGCUUGAACUAGAUUCACUAGAACAAGCCAUUUCCAUUGCGGAACAGGAAGACUUCAGUGUGAUACAGGCUCGCACCAGCUCGAAAUCAUAUCGUCAACCGAGACGAUAUGACAGCGGAGGUCCAGAGCCGAUGGAACUCUGUUUUGUAGAGAGCGAGAAGGCUCGCUCUACAGACUACAAGAAGUUGCAGAGAUGCAACAGAUGUCAGAAGACAGGACACUACGCUUACGAGUGUAGUGCCCCUCGUCCAGUGUCUCGCAACACUGGGCGUAGUGACCGUCCACCCAUGAGAAAGGGGCAGGGACGCGGGUCCGCUGUUGGUGCAAAGACGCAACAACGGGAUGGACCGUCAAAAAACGGACAGGAUCAGUAG